CCGCGACCUACCUCCGUGCGGGUCGGCGACGAGGAACUCCUCCUCCCGCCCGCCGGCCGCGAACUGGCCCAGAGCAUGCGCUCUGCGGGCCUCCGGCCUCGACCCCGGCCCGAAAGGAAAACAAAGAGCCCGGCGACCCCUGGCGACGUCCCCGGGAAGUGCAAGUGACGCUUCAGACCCGGGAGCUCCGGGCGCGCUCUCCACCCUGAGCGAGGUCCGCCAGGUGUGUGUGUCAGAGACCCCCAGAUCCGGACAAGCGGGUUGACAACCAGGAAGACCACCUGAAGCCAGGGGACAAGGACACGGCCACCCUCCCACUUGCUGCCCACGAACUGUCAUUUGUGAAGAUGUCAACUGCUGGUGGCUCCCGAGGCCUGAGGGCCACCUACCACCAAGUCCUGGAUAAAGUGGAGCUCUUGCUACCAGAGAAAUUGAGACCAUUUUACAACCACCCAGCAGGUCCCAGAACCGUUUUUUUCUGGGCUCCAGUUAUGAAAUGGGGAUUAGUGUGCGCUGGAUUGGCUGACUUGGCCAGACCUGCAGAAAAACUUAGCACGGCUCAAUCUGCUGUUUUGAUGGCUACAGGGUUUAUUUGGUCAAGAUACUCUCUUGUAAUUACUCCAAAAAAUUGGAAUCUGUUUGCUGUUAAUUUCUUUGUUGGGUCAGCAGGAGCCUCUCAGCUCUUUCGUAUUUGGAGAUAUAAACAAGAACUAAAAACUAAAGCACACAAAAAAUAAAAGUUCCUGACCACUCAAGCAAUGAAGAUGUGAAUUUAGUCACUGGGACCCAAUUUGAUUAACUAGUUAUUUGAUGAAGUUAUGCUAACUGUGCCAACACUUGUAAGGUAUUGAAAAAACAUGUAACUGUAAUUGGUAGCUACUACUUGAUUAAGUAAAUAGAAAAAUAAAGCAAACUUUUCAGACUCUAUAGAGAUGCAGAUCUUCAAAAUCCACCCUGUGACCCUGGAUAGGUAAGAGAAUCUUUGUCUUCCUUUUCUAGAAUGGAUUUAAUCAAAGACCCUACACUGUAUUGGGCUGUUGUAAGGAUUAAAGAAUGCAUAAUGCAUGGUAAAUUCUUAUCAAAUGUCAAGUACUAUCAUAAAGAUGUGGGUUCCAUCCACUGGAAAGGGGUGAGAGGAAAUCAAUGCCAGGGGCUCUUGCACCCCAGGAAACUACUCAUCCCUGCUUCAGUAUUUCCCAAUCAAAUAAAGCCACACGUUUAUAAUUCAUUACAACUGUUUUAUGGAGUAGUGGUUACAUUAGCUUCAUAAAAAAGUUCUGUAGCUUAAACCUGGCAGAAAUGGUAUUGCUAUCACCUCAAUUUGAGGUGACAGGAAGUAGGUGAAGCAGAGAUUCUGUAGUCCAUUGUCUUGCUCAGACCCAUGCUCAACCACUUUUAUGUAACUUGGACACAUUGAACUCCAACUUGUUUACUCAUGUGCAAACUGGGCAGAGAAUCUCCUUCACAGAGGGGUGUGGAAUAAUGAAAUACGCAUCUAGUAAUCUUACCACUUUCUAAUUCAAUUAGUAUUUCA